AUGGCUCCUGUAAGAGCGCGCAUCCUCUGGGGCCACGCGCCCCGAGUACGAUCAGUCAUUCGAAACCGGCGCGGCUUUGCUACGGUUACCAGUGAUGCGCGACCCUACGAUGUCAUCGUCAUUGGUGGCGGCCAUGCCGGAUGCGAAGCCAGCGCUGCCGCCGCUCGCUCAGGAGCCCGUACCGCCCUCGUCACCCCCAAGCUCGACAACCUGGGAGUCUGCUCCUGCAAUCCCAGCUUCGGAGGAAUUGGGAAGGGCACAAUGCUGCGGGAGAUCGAUGCGCUGGAUGGAGUUGUCGGGCGUAUUGUGGAUAAGGCAGGCGUGCAGUUCCGAGUCCUCAAUCGGACGAAAGGCCCUGCAGUCUGGGGCCCUCGCGCGCAGAUUGAUCGGGCGCUGUAUAAGAAACAUAUGCGUGAAGAGAUGGUUGGCUAUAAGAAUCUGUCGAUCGUAGAGGGCAGUGUGGCGGAUAUCAUCGUGGAUAAGGAGGGGCAGCAGGGGAAGGGGAGGCAUGGGAAGAUUACCGGGGUAAGGUUGGAGGGUGGGCAGGUUAUACCGGCCAGUAAUGUGGUUAUUACGACGGGGACUUUUCUGGGAGGGGAAAUUCAUAUUGGUUUGGAAGCAUACCCUUCAGGGCGUAUGGGCGAAGCUGCGACAUUUGGCCUCAGUAAAUCUCUGCGAGACGCAGGCUUUCAGUUAGGACGACUGAAGACUGGCACUCCACCACGGUUGGACGCCAAAACUAUCGACUUCAAGAUACUCGAGAAGUCACCGGGAGACGACCCGCCAAUGCCCUUCAGCUACCUGAACGAGACAGUAUCUGUUAAGGAUCAAAUGCUCUGCCAUAUAACUCAUACUAAUCACGCGACCCACGACAUCAUCCGAGCGAAUCUGGACAAAUCUAUCCACAUCCGGGAAACAGUCAAGGGCCCUCGAUACUGUCCCUCGCUAGAAUCUAAAGUCAUCCGAUUUAGCGACAAGACCCAACACAUUAUCUGGCUAGAGCCUGAAGGCUUCGACAGCGACGUAAUCUACCCCAAUGGAAUCUCCAUGACUGUCCCAGCUGAAGCACAAGAGGCCAUGCUCAAGACAGUCCGCGGACUAGAAAACGUGACCAUGCUACAGCCUGGCUACGGCGUGGAAUAUGACUACGUCGAUCCCCGCAGCCUACGAUCAACCCUUGAGACGAAAGCAAUAUCCGGCCUCUUCCUCGCAGGCCAAAUCAACGGCACCACAGGCUACGAAGAAGCCGCCGCGCAAGGCAUCAUUGCCGGUAUCAACGCGGGUCUAGCCGCACAAUCUAAAGAACCCUUCUCCUUGUCAAGGGCAGACGGGUAUAUCGGUAUCAUGAUCGACGACCUCAUCACAAAAGGUGUAUCAGAACCCUACCGCAUGUUCACCUCCCGCAGCGAAUACCGCAUGUCCGCGCGCGCCGACAACGCCGACACCCGCCUCACAGCCAUGGGCCGAGCCGCCGGCGUCGUUGGAAACAAGCGUUGGGCAGCCUUCGAGAACGAAGCAGAGGAAAUGGCAGCGCUCACGACAAUCUUGCAGGAGAAGAUCCUCAGCUCACCUGAAUGGGUGGCUUCGGGCUUCCGCGUCCGCGUAGAUACAACGCGUCGCUCAGCUUACGAGCUCUUGCGAAUGCCAAACACCUCCACGGCCUCUCUCGUUGAUUCCUUGCCAGAUAUCAAGCAAUUCUCGCCGCAUAUCCGCAAUCGGGUGGAGAUUAACGCGGUUUACGCGCCGUAUGUGGUCAAUCAGACUGCUAUGCAGCAGCGCUACCUCAUUGACGAGGGAUUGAGGUUGCCAGAGGAUCUGGAUUAUGAGGGAGUUCAUGGACUGAGUGCCGAAGAAAAGAAGCUGCUGCAGGUGACGCGGCCGGAGAGCGUGGGACAGGCGAGACGGAUCGAGGGUAUGACGCCCCAUGGAGCCCUCAGGCUCUUGCAUUAUGUGAAGCGGUCACAGAAGGAUGAGUCGAGAAGUCGGAAAAAAGAGGAGGUAGAGGGGCGGAAGAGGAUCUUUAUGGACGCUGGGGUUGAGUGAUCCAGAAAUGCUGGGUUAGGGUGUUUAUAUGUGGAUGCAUUCCAAGGCGUUCUUGGAUCGAGUAUUACUGGCGUUCGGGAGGAUGGCAUAUAGGCCGAGGACGCAUACUCCUUUUUGUUGCCGUAGAUGCCUAUAUAAUACAUGUACCAGUAUUCAUCUCCAUAUAAUACAGC